AUGUCUUUAUAUACUGUCUUUAUAAGGCUCUAUAAUAAGGCUAGGGCUAUUAAGCUUAUUAGUAUUAAGCUAAUAGUAGAAGGCAUUAAACUAAAGUAUAAGCCUUCCUUUUUUAAAACCUUUAUUUACUGCUAUAUAAGAACAUCCUUUAGCUCAGCAGUAAAGGGAUUUAUGUUUUAG